CGAUACCUGAACUACUCUUCCCAAAAGGCCAAACCCAACAGAAUCCGUUACACUCACACAACACAAAAUAUCGGCUAAAAUAUCCCCACCCACUUUUAGAGAGAGAAAAUCACUUCCUCGCGCCAGUGAGAGAGAGAGGGAGAGAGGGGGAGAGGGACCGGAGAAUGAAGGCGCCGGAAACCGAUCGCCGCCGAUCACGCACUCGACCGGCGGCCCAAGAACCGGCCCCGGCCAGGCCCAAAACCCCUCUCCGCAAGCUCAUGCGGGUCGCCUCGGUGGCGUGCGGCAUUCAGUUCGGGUGGGCCCUACAGCUGUCUUUACUAACCCCCUACGUCCAGGAGCUGGGCAUCCCCCACGCCUUUGCGAGCGUGAUCUGGCUAUGCGGCCCGCUCUCGGGCUUCUUCGUCCAGCCGCUGGUGGGCCACAUGAGCGACCGGUGCACCAGCCGGUUCGGCCGCCGCAGGCCGUUCAUAGUCGCGGGGGCGACCCUGAUCGUGGUCUCCGUCCUCAUCGUCGGCCACUCGGCCGACAUCGGGUGGCUGUUCGGCGAUAGGGGUGAGUCCAAGGUGGGAGCUAUUGCUGCUUUCGUGGUAGGGUUUUGGUUGCUGGAUGUUGCUAACAAUACGACGCAGGGGCCUUGUAGAGCCCUGCUUGGCGAUCUCACUGGCGGCGAUCACCGCAGGACUCGAGUGGCAAAUGCUUAUUUCUCAUUGUGUAUGGCUGUUGGUAACAUACUUGGCUUUGCUACUGGAUCAUACAGUGGGUGGUACAAGAUUUUGCCAUUCACAGUCACCUCUGCAUGCAAUGCCGACUGCGCCAAUCUCAAGUCUGCUUUCUAUCUUGACGUUGCUUUCAUCGUUAUAACUACGUGUUUCAGCAUCACAGCUGGCGAUGAGAUGCCUGUGAAUCAUGGGACCUCCCACUUACAUGAACACAUGCCUGAACAGUCAAGCCAGGCUGAAGAAGCUUUCUUCUGGGAACUGUUUGGAAUCUUUAAAUAUCUCUCGGGGCCUGUUUGGGUUAUCCUUCUUGUUACUGGUUUGACUUGGAUUGGCUGGUUUCCAUUUAUUUUAUAUGAUACUGAUUGGAUGGGUCGAGAAAUCUAUGGUGGUGAGCCAAACGAAGGGGAGAAUUACAAUGUGGGAGUCAGAAUGGGUGCAUUGGGUCUGAUGUUGAAUUCUGUGUUUCUCGGAAUAACUUCAUUGCUCAUGGAGGUUCUCUGCCGGAAGUUAGGGGCUGGCGUUGUGUGGGGUAUUUCAAAUAUCUUAAUGUCUCUAUGCUUUGUUGCGAUGCUCGUAAUUGCUUACAUUGCGAGCCAUGUGGACAAAGUAGGUGACGAUCUACCUCCAAAUGGCGUUGUAGCUGCCGCACUUGUAGUUUUUACUAUUCUUGGGAUUCCUUUGGCAAUCACUUAUAGUGUUCCAUAUGCCUUGAUAUCUUCACGUAUUGAGUCCUUAGGACUUGGGCAAGGCUUAUCAAUGGGUGUUCUGAAUCUGGCAAUUGUGAUCCCACAGAUUGUGGUGUCUCUUGGAAGUGGACCAUGGGAUCAGCUAUUUGGCGGUGGUAACUCACCAGCUAUAGCCGUGGCUGCACUUUCAGCCUUCGUCAGUGGGCUUAUAGCCAUUUUGGCUAUCCCACGAUCCAGAUCUGAUAAAUCCAGAGGCCGCCAUUGAGUUGGAACAGCAAAUUGACAGAGGGGUAUUCAUGACUCUGUAUUUCCCCUUUCAUCCAUUCUCUGUUUUCGCAUUCAAUGAGCAGGACCAGGAUUUGGAGUGAUGAUGCAACUACAGUAUUUCACAAAUGGUGCACUAUUUUCGUCACUGUCUCUGCCUUCUGUUUUGCACCUCGGUCUGUUCUUCUUCUUCUUUUUCCCCCAAGGGAAAUGAAUUUUUUACCAUAAAGAAACAAAAAGACAUUGAUUCUUGAAUUUUCUGGUUCCGUCAAUCCAGAUAGAAACAAAGUGGUAGGGGAGAUGUAACUCUCUAGUAUCAUUCAUAUUUGUCAACAAACUUGAACGAACAGUAAAACAUUCACGAAUUACAGCAUGAUUUUUUCACCGUUGACAGUGGUUUUGUUCUCCCAUGCUUCAUCACGCUGCCUUUCGAAACCGGGUUGUCUCUGAUACCCUUUGUAAUGCCCGCCCCGUUUGAUAAUAGUGAUAGAUGGAUAAGAUUUGUAAGGAGAUGAGAUUAGGAUUGAGAUUGAUAGUAAGACGGGAUUGUUAAUGAGAAGGGAUUGAUAAUGAGUAUGUUUGUUUGAGAUGAGAUUAGAUGAUGAGAUUAUUAAUAUCAUGUUUGUUUGAGAUA